UUUCAAUUUAAAAAAAAUGCUGGAUGUUGUAAGGAAACAGUUCGGCAUUUAAUAAUUGUGUAUCAAUGUGCAUUUUUUUUCCAACGCGAUGGGCGCCUGACCUAAUCAGACUCGAAUCAGUCCCUUUAUUAUUAUUAUUUGUUUAUUUAGCAGAAGCCUUUAUCCAAGGCGACUUACAGAGACUAGGGUGUGUGAACUAUGCAUCAGCUGCAGAGUCACUUACAAUUACAUCUCACCCGAAAGACGGAGCACAAGGAGGUGAAGUGACUUGCUCAGGGUCACACAAUGAGUCAGUGGCUGAGGGGGGAUUUGAACCGGGGACCUCCUGGUUACAAGCCCUUUUCUUUAACAACUGGACCACACAGCCUCCUUUUGGUAGCCAGCGCUCAGUUCCCCUUGUCACUUCAUGUAAAACACAGCAACACUACCCGGUGGUUGUUUUUCCAAACCCCGCCUCACUGUGCAGUGUUUGUGAACUCAUUUCAUAACUCCGCUCUGACUUCCUGGAGUUUUAAAUUUCGUUUCUCUUGUUUUUUUCCCCCUGACGGACAGCAGCGAUGGCGACAGCGGCGUCUUCAGAGGAGAAGUUCUCCUGCUCCGUGUGUCUGGACCUCUUCACCGAGCCCACAACCAUUCCGUGCGGACACAGCUUCUGUCUGGACUGUAUCGGGAGCUACUGGGACCAGAGUGACCAAACCGGACUGUACAGCUGCCCCCAGUGCCGGGAGACCUUCACUCCCAGACCCGCUCUGCGCAAAAGCAACGUCCUUAACGAAUUGGUGGAAGAACUGAAGAAAACGAGAACUCUCGUCUCCAAAAAGGAAUCCGCAGCUCCCGCUCCUGUCUCUGCUGAGUCCGGAGGCGUGCCUUGUGAUUUCUGCACCGGUGAGAUGAAGCGCGGAGCGGUCAGGUCGUGUUUGACGUGCCUCGGCUCGUACUGCGAAGCGCACCUGCAGCCACACUACGAGAACGCGGUGCUGAAGAGGCACGCCCUGGUGCAGCCUCUGAGAGACUUCGAGCAGAAGCUUUGCAAACUGCACCAGAGAUUGCUGGAGCUUUACUGCAGAACCGAUCAGAGCUGUAUCUGCGUGCUGUGUCAACACAGUAAUCACCAGGAUCACACAGUUAUAUUAGCAGAGCGAGAGAGGGCAAAGAAACAGAAGGAGCUGGGGAAGAGACAGGCAGAAAUAGAAAAUCUAACUGAGAAGAGACUGAAAGAGCUGGAGACACUGAAACAGGCUGUGGAGUCGCUCAAGCUCUCGGCUCAGAAGGAAAGGGCUGAAAGCGAGCAGGUCCUGUCUGAGCUGAUCCGCUCCAUUGAGAGAAUCAGGACGGAGGUGGGAGAGCUGAUUGAAGCUAAAGAGAAGGCUGCAGUGAGUCGGGCCGACGAGCAAAGAGAACAACUGGAGCAGGAGAUCCAGGAGCUGAGAAAGAGGAAGGCUGAGAUGGAGCAGCUUUCUGAGACAGAAGAUCACAUCCACUUUCUGCAGAGUUUCCAGUCUGUCUGCGCCCCUCCUGCUGCUCAGCAGCUCUUUGAUAACAUAGACGACUCUUUCUGGACUCUGAGGAAAGCUGUGACUCGACUCAAAGACCACCUCGAGGGAUUCUGGAAGAUUGAGCUCAUGAAAGCAACUAUAGCAGUUAAUGUGGCUCUGGACCCUGAUACGACACACCCCUAUCUCAUCCUGUCUAAGGAUGGGAAGCAAGUCAGACCUGGAGAUAAACUACAGCCUCUUCCUGGCAAUCCAAAGAGAUUUGAUCGUUAUGUCUAUGUCUUGGGCAAGGAGGGCUUCACCUCAGGGAGACACUACUGGGAGGUGGAAGUGGGGGACAAGAUAGUCUGGAGACUCGGAGUCACCAGAGAGUCUUCUCAGAGGAAAGGGUCUUUCCCUGUGAACCCCCAGCAGGGUUUCUGGACUGUGCUACGGGAGGAUGAAUGCAAUAACUUCUAUGCUGCGACUAACCCUGUGACCCCCCUUCCCAAGAACCUGAAGCCCCGGAAGGUGGGGGUGUAUCUGGAUUAUGAGGGAGGGCAGCUCUCCUUUUACAAUGUGGAGACCAGAUCUCUCAUCUACACUUUCACUGACACCUUCACUGAGAAACUCUAUCCAUUGUUUUCUCCUGGCAAUUGCUGCUCUGGUAAAAAUCCAGCCCCAGUGAUUAUCUGCCCACAUACAUACACAGGUUAAAUUCACAAUUCCUUUUACUUCAAAUUGUCGUCGACAUUUUAUGUCAAAGGAAAAUGUAACAAAACUAGAAAUAAACAACUAAAUAAUUUAAUUCAAGUGGUUUUAAUGUGUCUUUUCACAGAACAAAACCCACUGUAUUUAGCACCAACUUCUUGUAACUUAAUCCAAGGCUCCAUUUGGUUCUGCAUAAGACACAUCAGUAGCAAUAUUGUGCUGCUAAAAGCCUUUCUGCCUUCUUCAAGAGUAAGCUGAUUCAAAUUAAAGGCUUGUUUUUUUUAGUCCCCUUACCUGUGUCUCAUGUUUCAAAUCAUUGUGAAUGGUUCUUAUUACAAUUACUCAAAUAGUUUUAGUUUCUUGCUAUAGACAUGUGUAGCAAGCUGAAACAUUGUAUUCAUGUCUCAGUAACUGGAGAUAUGGUUUGUGAUGACACAGACAACAACACUGACUGAACCAUCUUUACAGAUCACUCCGAAAAAAAAACCCCUGACCACCUUCCGGCGCCUCCUCAAGACUCACCUCUUCAGACAGCACCUGUAGAACUCCUCUUUUCCCUCUGGACACUUUAUCACUCUUCCUUAAAUGCGCUUUACUUGCACUUAUCU